UUUUCCUAUAGCUUUGUGCUUUGCUUUGGGCGAGGCAGCUGCUAAAAGCUGACACACAGAGGGUUAAACCUAGUCCACUCCCAGUGCCCGGUUUUACAGUAGGCUGGCAGCUGUCCCAACUGCCUACUGAAGCCAAAUGCUUGAAGAGAGUGAGAGUAAGGAACCAGCUAUGAAUCCUUUCCAGAAAAAUGAGUCUAAGGAAACUCUUUUUUCACCUGUCUCCACUGAAGAGGUACGACCUCGACCCCUCAGCCUUCCAAAGAAGCCACCUCCGAAAAUCUGUGGCUCCAACUAUCCACUGAGCAUUGCCUUCAUUGUGGUGAAUGAAUUCUGUGAGCGCUUUUCCUAUUACGGCAUGAAAGCUGUGCUGACCCUGUAUUUCCUGUAUUUCCUGCACUGGAGCGAAGACACCUCCACAUCUAUAUACCAUGCCUUCAGCAGCCUCUGCUAUUUCACUCCCAUCCUGGGAGCAGCCAUUGCUGACUCAUGGCUGGGAAAAUUCAAGACAAUCAUCUAUCUCUCCUUGGUGUAUGUGCUUGGCCAUGUGGUCAAGUCCUUGGGUGCCUUACCAAUAAUAGGGGGACAAAUGGUACACACAGUCCUAUCAUUGGUUGGCCUGAGUCUAAUAGCUUUGGGGACAGGAGGUAUCAAGCCCUGCGUGGCAGCUUUUGGUGGAGACCAGUUUGAAGAAAAACAUGCAGAGGAACGGACUAGAUACUUCUCUGUCUUCUACCUCUCCAUCAAUGCAGGGAGCCUGAUUUCUACAUUUAUCACACCCAUGCUGAGAGGAGAUGUGCAGUGUUUUGGGGAAGACUGCUAUGCAUUGGCUUUUGGAGUUCCAGGAUUACUUAUGGUGAUAGCUCUUGUUGUGUUUGCAAUGGGAGGCAAAAUAUACAGAAAACCACCUCCUGAAGGAAACAUAGUGACUCAAGUUGCCAAAUGUAUCUGGUUUGCUAUUUCCAACCGUUUCAACAACCGCUCUGGGGACAUUCCAAAGCGACAACACUGGCUGGAUUGGGCAGCUGAGAAAUACCCUAAGCAGCUCAUUAUGGAUGUGAAGGCACUGACCAGGGUACUAUUCCUUUAUAUCCCAUUGCCCAUGUUCUGGGCUCUUUUGGAUCAGCAGGGCUCACGAUGGACUUUGCAAGCCACCAGGAUGAAUGGGAAUUUGGGUUUUUUUGUGCUUCAGCCUGACCAGAUGCAGGUACUAAAUCCCCUUCUGGUUCUUAUCUUCAUCCCAUUGUUUGAUCUUGUUAUUUAUCGUCUGGUUUCCAAAUGUGGAAUUAACUUCUCAUCGCUUAGGAAAAUGGCUGUUGGUAUGAUCCUAGCAAGCCUGGCAUUUGCAGUUGCUGCAGCUGUAGAGAUAAAAAUUAAUAGAAUGACCUCACUGCAGCCCGGUCCCCAAGAGAUUUUCCUGAAAGCCUUGAAUCUGGCAGAUGAUGAGGUGAAGGUGACAGUACUGGGAGAUGAAAACAAUACUCUGUUGGAAGAGUCUAUCAGAUCCUUUCAGAAGAUGCCACGCUAUGCCCAGCUCCACCUAAAGACGAAAAGCCAGGAUUUCCACUUCUACCUAAAUUAUCACAAUCUGUCUGUCUAUACUAAGCAUUCUAUGGAGGAGAAGAACUGGUACAGUCUGAUCAUUCUAGAAGAUGGAAAAAACAUUUCCAGCAUGAUGGUGAAGGAUGAAGAAAACAAAACAACCAAUGGGAUGACAGCCGUAAGGUUUGUUAAUACUUUGCAUAAAGAAGUCAACAUCUCCCUGGGUGCAGAUAUCUCCCUCAGUGUUGGUGAAGACUAUGGUGUGUCUGCUUACACAACUGUACAUAGUGGAGAAUACCCUGUGGUGCAUUGUAGAACAGAAGAUAAGGACUUUUCACUGAAUAUAGGUCUACUAGACCCUGGUACAGCUUAUCUGUUUGUUAUUAUUAAUAGCACCAACCAUGAUCCUCAGGCCUGGAAAAUGGAAGACAUUCCCACCAACAGACUGUCCAUUGCAUGGCAGCUACCACAAUAUGCCCUGGUUACAGCUGGGGAGGUCAUGUUCUCUGUCACAGGACUUGAGUUUUCUUAUUCUCAGGCUCCCGCUAGCAUGAAAUCUGUACUCCAGGCGGCCUGGUUGUUAACAGUCGCAGUUGGGAAUAUCAUCGUGCUUGUUGUGGCUCAGUUCAGUGGCCUGGUACAGUGGGCUGAAUUCAUUUUGUUUUCCUGUCUCCUGCUGGUGGUCUGCCUGAUCUUCUCCAUCAUGGGCCACUAUUAUGUUCCUAUAAAGCCAGAGGAUUUACAGGAGCCAGCAGAUAAGCAGAUUCCCCCUACCCAAGGGAACAUGAUCAACCUGGAGACCAAGAAGACAAAGCUCUAAUGGCUCCCCGGACUCUUCCCAGACCCCAAUUCUGGGCUUUGGUCUUGGUCAUCACCCAUCCUAAGGCAUUUUUUUCCUCCUAUUUGGUUAGGGAAGAGAAGUAGCAUUAUAUCUGAGCUGAUCUCCUCUUUUCUCUCACGAUAGAGGCAGUUCUAGGACUGGAUAUUCCAAUACAUUAAAGAGCAAGUCCCCUGAGACUCUAUAUCUUCCC